GCAAUCGCUAACUACGUUGCAUAUUUGACCACAUUCCUAAUUUGAACACGGGACACGUUACAGAUGAUAAAUCAACAGUAAAUACACAAGCGUCAAUUGAAAAGAAAGCUUUAAACAAAGGUUUAAAGUGUGCUGAAGAUUCCAAUGAAGAACCAGCGCCACAUAGGAGAAUACUAGACCCACCAAUUAUUGAAAUUUCAGAUUCUGAUGAAGAAUCAACGCCAUAUGAAAGAUUACAUCCUUCAAAUCUUGUAACAGUUAUAUUAACAGAAGGAGAUGAAAACGAUGGUCCAGUCGAUGCCAAUAUGAGCAAAGAUUUUUUCAAAAAAAGACUAAAUUAUCAGCGUGAAGCCAGAUACGCACAAGCCCAAAGCCAAUCUAAUGCCGAGACAGAAGACGAUGCUUCCCACAGUUCGUGCACAACUUCGGCCUCUACCAGCCAGGCGGAGGAGCAGAAUGAUAGCUCCCAAAAGACCGAAGUCGAGAAAAAAGAGAAUUAUAUUAAUCCGCCGGGCCACGAAAGUCAGCAGAACGUUCAGUUUACAAGUGAUUCUAUUUCGUUACGUACACCAGAGCAACCCUAUAACAUAAAUGUAGGAGAAGAUGGACGGAACACCAACAAAAAUAAACAAUUAAAUACGGGGAAACACAUAUUACCCGCUAUUAUACCGGAACUAACUUCUGCAAGACGUAAAUCGCAGGUGUCUAAUAAUAUUGCAAAAUCUACUUCGAAACCGUGCCUUUCUCUUCUGUACUCUUCAUGUAUAGAUAAUCGAUCGAACACCAUUUCCAUACAGCAUCCCUCUUCAGAAGCUUCUCUCAGUCCGGCUUCUAGUGAAGAAUUUUCAUUAUUUAUAGAUGAUAGACCAAAUUCAAGGGGCACAGACGGAUUAUCGUCUGUUACUAGGUUACAUUCCCAAUCCCAAUUGCAAGAUUCGACAUCACGAGAUUCAGAAUUAAUACUUAAAAGAAUAUUAAAGUCUCCAAAGAAUUUCCCACUGACUAGUAGUACCAAGGCCACAUCUCCUUCUAAUGCUACAUCCCCUACUAAUGGACCGUAUCCCUGUACUACUAAGGCUAUAUCCCCUACUAAUAAUAUAAACAAUGCUAGUGUACCAAGUACUAAAGUUAUAUCCAAUAUUGCUAGUGUACCAAGUACUGCCAAAAAAACACGGAUAAUGAUCUCUUCAUCAGAAGAUAAUAGUCAACAUUUUCAAAAACAUCCAAAAUAUAAUGAAGUUCGUUUGCAAGAAGAUCCUUUGCCGGAGGGUCCUUUUCCACAAGGUCCUUUAAAUUUGACUUUAGGACAACCAGAUUAUGCUAGGCGGUCACAACCUUUUACAACGGAACGAGGUUUUAAGAAUGUAACGAAUACAUUUGCCCCUUCUGAUAUCCAGUAUAAAUGUUUGAACUAUGAAAUUCCGAAAUCAACGAUGUCAAUGGUACAUAAAAUAUUUAAUAGUCAACUAAAUGUCGAAUACUUGAUAUAUCUAAAGAAUACACUAAAUUUUUUAAAUAUUAAUCUCAAGGUACCCAAUGUCCCACAAGAGUAUGUAUACACUUGCCAAAAUUGGUCAUAUGCAAUUAUUUCUUAUAUAACUCAGUUUAUUUUUAAUGAUUAUCGGUCUCCAAUUCUACAAAAGUAUACUCAAGAUCUGUUAGAAUGUGAUCUUGAGAAAUUCCGGCCAUUGAUUGAAAACUUCCUUAAAGAUAAACCUCAUACUGAAGCAUCGAUAACUAUAUUCUUAGAAAGAAUAAAACAUCUUUCUUCUUCUUCCGACAAGGGGCAAGUGUAUCCAAUAUUACCACAGGCUAAACAACCACAGAGCAGGGCAGGACUUGGCAGGAGAAUAUCCGUAGAUGGUGUUCCCACCGUUGCGAACACUAGGAGAAUAUCCGUGGAUGAUGUUCCCAACGUUUCGAACAUAACUGCGGUUAAAAAACCUCUUAAAAGGCAGCCCCAAAAGAUAAGUAGAAGAAGACAAACAAUUCAUGAACUACAUAACUCCGCAGAGUGUCAUAGUAUUGGACAGAUACAUGUGCCAAAUCAAAACCAAAUUCCUAAUGCGAAUAAUACUAAAUAUUUAGGUUGGCCAAAUCAAAAUAGCAUUAAUAGUGCUAGUCGUUUGGGACAUUUAUCUUAUCCAAAUCGUAAUGAAACCGUGAUUGCUAACAAAGACAAUACCGGACGUUCUUGGCAAAAUCAAAACCAAAUUUCUAAUGGCAUGACUAAUAAUAUUGGACAUAAUGACAAUAUGAAUGCAAAAAGUACGGGAUAUAUGCCUUGGCCAUCUCAAAAGCAGAUACCUCAAAAUCCAAACCAAAUUUCUGGUGUUACCUUUCAGGGCUAUAGACCUGUACAUUAUCAACAUAAAAAUCAAAUUAUUAAUAACAGAAGUCUGAAUAUGGGGCAGGUUCCAAAUUCUCAUCCUCCAACAACUCUACAUAAUCAAAAUUAUCCGUCUCGGAAUCCCGUUUACGGUCUAAAUCAUCAAAGAGGUCCACAACUACAUCCGUAUAAUUUUUCUGCUAGUCAGGAUGGUUUACCAUUCCCUCCUCCCUAUGUACCGCCCAUUUCCAUUUCUAACCAAAGAAUACCGCAAUAUCAUCAGAAUCCUAUGAUCAAUAGUGUAAACGGCCAAUACGAAAGAAGUUUCCAAAGAAGUACUGUUCCAAACGAUAUAAUUCAGAUUAAUAAUAAUCAAACUGCCAGUGCUACGAAUAUGCAAGUACUUAAUAAUAUUUCUAUUGACAAUCCGAUCAUCAAUAAUGUAAAUGGCCAGUACGAAAGAACUGCUACCGGUUUUCAAAGAGGUACUGUUCUAACUGAUACAGUUAAUAUGAAAAAUAAUCAACCUACGAGUGCCAAUAUACAAGUACUUCAUAAUAUUUCUGUUCAGGAUCCUCACAUCAAUAGUGUAAAUGGUCAAUACCAAAGAAGUUUUCAACGACACACUGUUCCAACCGAUACAAAUAAUUUAAAAAAAUAUCAAACUGCCAGUGCUAAAAAUAUGCCAGUACUUCAUAAUAUUUCUGUUCAGGAUCCUGUUAUCAAUAAUGUAAAUGACCUACACGAAAGAAGUUUUCAAAGAGGUACCGUUCCAAACGAUAUAACGCGUAUUAAAAAUAAUAAAACUACCAGUGCUACGAAUAUGCAAGUACUUCAUAAUAUUUCUGUUCAGGAUCCUCACAUCAAUAGUGUAAAUGGUCAAUACCAAAGAAGUUUUCAACGACACACUGUUCCAACCGAUACAAAUAAUUUAAAAAAAUAUCAAACUGCCAGUGCUAAAAAUAUGCCAGUACUUCAUAAUAUUUCUGUUCAGGAUCCUGUUAUCAAUAAUCUAAAUGGCCUACACGAAAGAAGUUUUCAUAGAGGUACCGUUCCAAACGAUAUAACGCAUAUUAAAAAUAAUAAAACUACCAGUGCUACGAAUAUGCAAGUACUUCAUAAUAUUUCUGUUCAGGAUCCUCACAUCAAUAGUGUAAAUGGUCAAUACCAAAGAAGUUUUCAACGACAUACUGUUCCAACUGAUACAAAUAAUAUAAAAAAUUAUCAAACUGCCAGUGAUAAAAAUAUGCCAGUACUUCAUAAUAUUUUUGUUCAGGAUCCUGUCAUCAAUAAUGUAAAUGACCUACAAGAAAGAAGUUUUCAAAGAGGUACCAUUCCAAACGAUAUAUCCCAUAUUAAAAAUAAUCAAACUACCAGUGCUACGAAUAUGCAAGUGCUUCAUAAUAUUUCUGUUCAGGAUCCUGUCAUCAAUAGUGUAAACGGCCAAUACCAAAGAAGUUUUCAAAGUGGUACUGUUCCAACCGAUAUAAUUAAUAUCAAAAAUAAUCGUACUGCCAGUGCUGGUGACAAUAUAUUUCAAGCGAAUGAAUCUUCAAAUAGUGCUGAUGCUAGAAAAGUCAAAGAUUUUGAAAGUACAGCUACUGAUGACAGUAGAACGCAACUUGUCCCCAAUGCUGGCAUCGGUGCUUCCGAUCAAGAUACAAAAAAUGGUCUAAUUGGUAACCAUCUUCCGAUUGAUACCACAACAACGAAUAGAAACGAUUCGAAAACGAGCAAUUCAAUAGUCGAUCGAAUGCUUAUAUCUGACCAAUCAAUGGAAGUGACCGUAACUGAGCUAACCAAAAACAGCACAGACGACUUACAUGAGAGUGCAGAUGUUAAAAAUGUUGAAAUUAGCAAAGAACCUCCCAAGAAAAAGUUGCGAUUGGGAGGAGCCUUUUAUGAUUUUAGGGAACUAGUCCGCACUACAUCUGAUACGAAGACAUACGGUAAAAUUUUGAAAAAGUUUGUCAGUGAACAAAAACCGAUUUUGUUGGUCAACGUAGAGGAUGGUACGACAGAAAUCCCCGAAACAAACGAAUCCGAUGACACAGAAAAAAUUGGAAGUAUCCUUCACGAUUCAGUUGACUCAGACAUUAUAGUAAUAGAUGAUGACAGCGAUGUGUUAGAAGUUAUCGGUAAAGCCAGAGGUCACCUCCCAAAGACAAGUGCAACUUUUCUAAGUAAAAGAUGUGCCUCAGGAUGUUGGGGUGUUUACCAGGGAGAUCGUAGCUAAUGAAGAUAAGUUCAAAUAUGUUUUUUUGUUAUGCACUCUACAUUUACAAUGGGGACAAACAGUUUUAAAACCUUUGAGUUAUGCUAUUAUCUAAUGCACUCUUGAUCACCGUAUCUAACCUAACUUUACCGUAUUCUCCUUAGCUUUUGUGAUUGUGAAGGGCUGACUGAUCCUAAGUAGUUUAUAUUAGCGUUUUUUGCGAUUAGAGUCUUCCCUAUACUUCCCCCAAAGUCUACGGAAGACUAAACGGAAGACUAAGAUUUUACUUAAAGCUGAAUUGAAUUCGAUUUUUCCAGAAUUUUAGCUUCAGUAGUUUUGCAGCUCCAAUAGCAUCUGUAUCUCUUAAUAUGGUGAAGAGAGUUGUGUAGGCAUUGUUGUUUAGUCGAAGGUGUAUUUAAUAUUUAGCUGUUGUAGAUGAUGUAGAUUAUGAGGGAUAAGACUUCGGCUCUGGUUGUGAAAGAGGCUGACAGUUGAUUUUUUACUCGGGAUUGUUUAUUUUAAUAUAGUUAUUGGUUGUAUGGAGAAAUAUAGUUAAAUCAGAACGGAGCUCAGUAUAUAACUUUAUAUUUUCUACUAAAAAACUAAAGAAAAUUCCACAUAUUUCUGAGAUGUACAACGUAUUACUUGUUUGUUAUUUAUGAUAUUAAGAUUUUCUACUUUUUUUUAUUAAUAAAUAUUAUUUGAACUGUA